AUGGAGCAGUACCUACUGCAGCUACCGAAGCGCUUGGCGCACGAGGUACGCGCCGGCAUCGCACAUGGUGAACCCACAAAGGUCGAUAUGGUGUCAGGAGCGGAUAACAAGCACUUUACACUGCACGUGAACGGAAAAGAGUAUCCAGCCAAGAUUGCGCAAUUGCCGUGUAUUGUCGAGACGCACAAGACGUAUGACGACAAUUUCUUUUACAAGAGCGGUGAGAUAGGGCAGAUUUUUGUCGUGACGGAUAAACAAGAGGAAAAAAAGCUACUGGAGACGCAGGAAGAGGUACAAAGUGGUCUCACACCGCCAAACACAAAUGUGAUCAAACGCAAAUACGAGAAAACGAAGAAGACCACGCCGUUUCCAAAAGCUGACGUUGCUCGCGUGGAAGAGGACUUGGUAAAGAUUAUUGCGGGCGGGGCUGUUGAAGAUAUCCACGAGGAGCUAGUUGACUUCUAUGACUGGAUGGCUGACGACGAGCAUCCAAAUGGAAUCACCGUAACGGACGAGAUGGCGCUUAUUCGGGAGCAUCCAGAGUAUCUUACUUUGUCGGAAGAACCGCCAACGAAGCAGAUGCGAACGAUGCCAUUAAGUGCAGGGAACACUACAGUGUCGAGCACUGCCAACACGUCGGUCAUGAACACGCCACUCGCAACGGAUGCAGGAUCUGGGACCGAGUCCCAGGCGGAUGGACAGCGUUUCCUGCAGCGCUCUCCGACAUUUGCACCAACGUCAAGUCCCAAACUCUCGCCCUUGGAGCUGUUUCCAUCUACCAGUUAUGACCAAGACGAAGAGAAGGAGGUCGACAUGCUGGAGGAUGACAUUCUCAAUGAUUUGGACACCAAACCGGCUAUGCCAUCUCGACAGAAGGCGUACUUGACGGACGCAGACUACCUCAACCUAUUGCCCAUACGCGAGCGACUACAAAAGUCGGUGCGAGAUCUGGACCGCGACAUGAGUGGGUUCGCCGCCAAGGUCGACGCUAACUCGAACAUUGUCGUCAAGAAUCGCUUCAAGCAAAUGCUCGAAGCUGCGAGCAAGCAGCGGGCUGAGAUCGUGACGGAGCUGGACAAGGUCAAUGCGAAGAUUGUUGCGCUCGAAACGAGUUGA